AUGGCGACACCGUUGCGUCACUUCUAUCACUCAAACAUUUCCUUCAGCUUUGAGGCUUUACGGGCUGCCGGCUAUGCCAACAAUGGUGGUGCAGACCUUUCCGAGGUCAUUGCGAUUUGCUCACGCGUACCGGCCGGUGAUGAGAAGCGCUGGCUCCUGGAGUGGAGAGCUGCAGGUGACCGUGCUGUUGCGAAUGCAGAGCUUAGCCUCGAAUCCAAUAAUUGGCCCGGUGCUAGGGAUUCAUUUCUGCGUGCCUCGAACUACUUCCGCACUGCCGAGUUCUUCUUGCGUGAGAACCCCGACCAAGAUGAUCUGUCAAAGACGCUUGCAGAUUUGAGCUCUCAGACAUUCUACUCGGCAGCUAAGCUCAUGCCGCACGCUACAGAGGUUAUUGAAAUACCGUAUGAGGAUACUACCCUACCAGGUACUCUUAUGCGCCCUGAUAGAAGCGGCCGGGCUCGGCCGACCAUCAUCGUCAAUGGUGGGUUUGAUAGCACAAGAGAGGAGAUUGGAUACUCAUUUGCGCCUGUUGCACUCGAGCUCGGCUUUAACGUCGUCACUUUCGACGGGCCCGGGCAAGGUGACACCUUGAGAAAGCAGCGACUCUGCUUCAGACCAGACUGGGAGAAGGUGAUUACACCAGUUGUCAACUACGUUCUCGAUCAGCCCUACACCGAGAAAGAUAAGCUCGUGAUUAUAGGUGUCAGCAUGGGGGGUUAUCUCGUUGCUCGGGCUGCCGCGUUCGAGCAUCGCGCGGCUGCUAUUGUGGUCAACGACGGCGUGUACGACUUUGCUAGUGCAUUUCACAAGGAAACGCCUGCACUUGGGAAGCUCUUGUUGAGAAACGGCUGGGAUGGCACUUUCAACGCAAUUGUGCGCCGUUACAUGAAUUGGGAUACAGGCUUCAAAUGGGGAAUUUCAAACAGCAAGUGGGCUUUUGGGGUGUCGUCUGGAGCAGAUGUUCUGCGUGUUGUGGAGGGCUACACUCUCGAAGGGAUAGUGGGCAAGAUCAAAACGCCAAUGCUGGUGUUGGAUGCGCCAGAUGACCACUUUCUCAAGGGACAGCCUGAAGAACUGUUCAAGCGGUUGAAGUGUGAGAAGGAGUGGGUUAUCUUCGACUAUAUACUAAAGCAUUUGAAGUGA